AUACUAUUCUCUCUCCCCUCACCCAUCGACUUUUAACUAAACCAUGCUGUUGUUGUUGAUAGCUAGCCAGCAUAAAGGGCUCAUCAGGACGACUGACUGAACUCAUUCGUCUCCAAUCGACUCUCAGCUGCGCGACAACGUCAUCAAUUUGGGCAGGCGAGUCUGUGUAGCCUCGGCUCUCUCCAAAUUCUAUUGUGGCUAGCUUCACAUAGGUUCUAGUUUCUGUUCGCCAAAUUAGAAAAACAGUUACCACUCUAUGCUUCAGUUAUUUGACCAUGUCAAGCAAAAAAAAAUAAAAAAUCAGAGAAUAACAAUAGAUUAUUUUAACACCGGAAUAUGCUGUUUAUCCCCUAAUGGAAAAAACAGUGGUGAUGCGAUAGCAGCCGACUAGUAUAGCACAACUGAAUGAAAAACACUCAUCAUUCACUUGCCCAUACAUGACUUGCGUAAACUCAUCCAUGGAAUCAGGAAGUAAUAAUUGGCAGCGGUUCGCUAAUGAGAAACUUAUAUUUACCGAGGCUCUGGAAGCUUCUGUUUUGUAUCGGCAAAUAACUAGACUAUAGGCUGUUAGACAAGAGUUACGCGCUGGAAAAUACAAUAUCCGUGUACCGGAGCCUAUCUUUUGGUUUAAAUAUUUUUAGUGUGCCAUUUUUAUUCUCGUAAAGUACCCGGAAGACUUGAAAUUGAUACCUUAGGUAGGGUGAGUAGGAUGGAUGUUUCUCACCUGACAGAAGAUGAAAUGGCCGAUGUAAAAAAGGAAGUCCUGACGAGACUGAGGCCUUACCUUUGUGAAAAGAUCCGGGCUGACCGUCAUUUUGACUACCUGCGCUCGCGGAAGAUCCUGACGCGAGAUGACACAGAGGAGAUCAGCUGCAGGAUCACACAGACCAAGAAAACGGGCUUGCUCCUGGACUACCUGGCUGAGAACCCUCGGGGGCUGGACGCUCUGGUGGAGUCCAUCCAACAAGGACGUACGCUCAACUUCCUGAUUACCAAGAUCACUGAUGAAGUGCAGAAGGUGAAGAACGAGAAGAUAGAGUCUCUCAGAGCAGGGGCAUCCAGUUCCUCCUCGGGCUUCCUGCCAACUCAGGACACAUCCGGGGUCAAUAAAGACCUCUCCAGGACACUGUCAUAUGAGUCCAACCUGGCAUCCACCAUGUUUUACAACGGAGAGGGGAGCCCAUGCACCUCUGACGCCCUAAGGUUCCUCAACCGGCCCGCUGCCUCCAGCCAUGGGAAGGAGGUGUUGUCAUCCAUGCGAGGGGGUAGCAUGGCUGUGUCUUCAUCCCAGGUCUCUUCCACACUGCCCAGGCCUGGAGACCCAGGGGCUCCCCCCCUGCCGCAGGAAGUGCUGCUUCUGCCAGAGGCCUCAUCUAACAUGGACGCUGGACCAGACAGGAGCACGGCGAUCAGUGGAGGGGACGUCAACUUCCAGCCCCUGAGGUCACGCUCCACACCCACUUCCAUGUCAUACAGGGACCUCUCACCUCAGCCCCCACCAAAAUCUUACUGAGAACCCCCCCCUCCUGCCCUGGACUACUUCCCAGCAUUUCUCAUAACAAACAUUCACUCUUCAAAUGUGUUGUUUGUACCAGAGUGUGUGUUUUAUCAAUGGUUUUAGUUGGGUGAUACUUUAAACAAAUAGCAACUCGUAAAUUAUGUUCCAUGCCUUACAUUAUAUACUGGGUCAUCCGAAAGCUGGACAAACCUAUUUUGGGUUCAAUAUGAAACAAGUAACUGCUUAAUUCAAAAUGUAUUAAAUAGAAAUCUCGCCUAUCUACACACAAUACCACACAAUGACAGUUUUUGCAAAUUUAUUGAAAAUGAAAUAUAGAAAUAUCUCAUUUACAUAAGUAUUCACACCCCUGAGUCAAUACUUUAUAGAAUCACCUUUGGCAGUGAUUACAGCUGUGAGUCUUUCUGGGUAACUCUCUAAGGGCUUUCAACACUUGGAUUGUGCAACAUUUGCCCAUUUAUUGUUUUCAGAAUUCUUCAAGCUCUGUCAAUUUUGUUGUUGAUCAUUGCUAGACAUACCAAUUUCAAGUCUUGCCCUAGAUUUUCAAGUAGAUUUAAGUCUAAACUGUAACUGCCUGUCAGGAACUUUCACUGUCUUCUUGGUAACCAGGUUUAACUAUAGGAUUUGCCUGUGCUUAGCUCCAUUCUGUUUAUUGUCCUUAACGAUUAACAAAUCUUUAACGAUUACAAGCAUACCCAUAACAUGCAGCCACCACUCUGCUUUAACAUUUGGAGAGUGGCACUCAGUAUUGUCUUGUAUUGGAUUUGACCCAAACAUAACACUUUGUAUUCAGGUCAAAAAGUUAAAUGCUUUACCACAUUUGUCUGUGCCUUGUUGCAAACAGGAUGCAUGUUUUGGAAUUUUUGUAUUCUGUCAAUUAUGUUAAUAUUGUGGAGUAACUACAAUGUUGAUCCAUCCCAGUUUUCUCCUAUCACAGUCAUUAAACUCUGUCACCAUUUGCCUCAUGGUGAAAUCCCUGAGCAGUUUCUUUCCUCUGGCAACUGAGUUAGGAAGGAUGCCUGUAUCUUUGUAGUGACUGGCUGUAUUGAUACACCAUACAAAGUGUAAUUAUGCUCAAAGUGAUAUUCAAUGUCUGCUUUUUUGACCCAUCUAUCAAUAGGUGCCCGCCCUUCUUUGCGAGGCAUUGGAAAACCUCCCUGGAAUUUGUGGUUUACACUUUUUACAUUUUAGUAGAUGCUCUUAGCCAUAGCGACUUACAGUAUUUCGUGCAUACAUUGUUGUUGUUUUUUCAUACUGGUCCCUUGUGGGAAUCGAACCCCACAACCUCGACUGAGGGACCUUACAGAGAAUUGUAUGUGUUUGGUACAGAGAUGAGGUAGUCAUUCAAAAAUCAUGUUAAGCACUAUUAUAUCACACAGUCCAUGCAACUUAUUAUGUGACUUGUUAAGCAAUUUUUACUCCUGAAUUUAGUUAGGCGUGCCAUAAUAAAGGGGUUGAAUACUUAUUGACUCAAGACAUUUUUAAUACAUUUUGAAACAUUUUGAAAACACUGACAUUAUGGGGUAGUGUGUGUAUGCCAAUGACAGAAGAAAUCUCAAUUUAAUAAUUUUAAAUGCAUGCUGUAUCAAAACAAUGUGUAAAAAGUCAAGGGGUGUGAAUACUUUCUGAAGGCACUGUAGGUGCACUUUAUUCUGGACUUGGACUAAGGUCGUAGGUUGUCAUUCUAUGCCAGUGACAAAAAAAUCUAAAUGUAAUAACUUUUAAAUGCAGGCUGUAACGCAACAAAAUGUGUAAAGAGUAAAGUGGUGUGAAUAGUUUCUGAAGGCACUAGGUUCACUUUAUUCUGGACUUGGACUAAGGUCGCAGUAGGUCGUCAUUCUCCAACACUGCUCCUUUCCUAUGAAUUAUGGGUGUGUGAGUUCAUGAUUGACUGUCAUCCAUAUCUAUAAAACAAUUACAUAUCUAUUGUCACGCCCUGACCUGAGAGAGACGUUUUUCUCUGUUUGGUUAGGUCAGGGUGUGACAUGGGGUGGGCAUUCUAUGUGUUGUAUGUCUAUGUUGUUUUUUUCUUUGAUUGGCCGAGUAUGGUUUCCAAUCAGAGGCAGCUGUCAUUCGUUGUCUCUGAUUGGGAAUCAUACUUAGGCAGCCCUUUUUCCCAGUCAGUUGUGGGAUCUUGGCUUUGUGUUGCAUGUGUUUGCACGCCUAGUGUUUCGGUUGUUGUAUUGUUUAUUGUUUUUGCUGGUUCACAUUGAAAAUAAAGUAUGAUGAACCCAACUCACGCUGCGCCUUGAUCUACCUUUAACGACGAACGUCACAUCUAUGCUAGCGUCAACAUGCCACACCAUGCCAGCUACAGUAGGGAUUUGUCCUUGUAAGGAUCCCAGAUCAUCAGAAGACAACUUCCCUGUAUUUACACAACACUGGAAUAA